GGGCUGCGGGCCCGGGAGGAAGGUGCUCGGCGGCGCCUCCGCCACCACGGCCGCCGCCGCCGCCGCCGCCUCGGCUUGGGCUGCCCCGCAUCGGGGCUCGGCUGCUCGGACGUGAGGCCGUGAGGAGGCGACGCCAGGCGAGGCGAGCGCCGGGCCGGGGCCGCCGACAUGUUUGGCCGCUCGCGGAGCUGGGUGGGCGGGGGCCACGGCAAGUCCUCCCGCAACAUCCACUCCCUGGACCAUCUCAAGUACUUGUACCACGUCUUGACCAAAAACACAACAGUCACGGAGCAGAACCGGAACCUGCUGGUGGAGACCAUUCGCUCCAUCACCGAGAUCCUGAUUUGGGGAGACCAGAAUGAUAGCUCCGUGUUUGACUUCUUCCUGGAGAAGAAUAUGUUUGUCUUCUUCCUGAACAUCCUGCGGCAGAAGUCGGGCCGCUACGUGUGCGUGCAGCUGCUGCAGACCCUCAACAUCCUCUUCGAGAACAUCAGCCACGAGACUUCCCUCUAUUACCUGCUCUCUAAUAACUACGUGAAUUCCAUCAUUGUUCAUAAGUUUGAUUUUUCCGAUGAGGAGAUCAUGGCCUAUUACAUAUCGUUCCUCAAGACACUGUCGCUCAAACUCAACAACCACACGGUCCACUUCUUUUACAACGAGCACACCAAUGACUUUGCCCUGUACACGGAAGCCAUCAAGUUUUUCAACCACCCCGAAAGCAUGGUCCGAAUCGCUGUGAGAACUAUCACGCUCAACGUCUACAAAGGUGAGUUGGAUAACCAGGCCAUGCUGCACUACAUUCGCGACAGGACGGCCGUGCCCUACUUCUCCAACCUCGUCUGGUUCAUUGGCAGCCACGUGAUCGAGUUGGACAACUGUGUGCAGACGGAUGAGGAGCACCGGAACCGGGGCAAGCUGAGUGACCUGGUGGCGGAGCACCUGGACCACCUGCAUUAUCUUAACGACAUCCUCAUCAUCAACUGCGAGUUCCUCAGUGACGUGCUCACAGACCACCUGCUCAACCGCCUCUUCCUGCCGCUCUAUGUGUCCUCGCUGGAGAGCCAGGCCAAGGUGGUGGGAGAGCGACCAAAAAUCAGCCUGCACCGUGUCUCUCUACUGCUGUCCCAGGUCUUCCUCAUCAUACACCAUGCGCCACUGGUGAACGCGCUGGCUGAGGUGAUUCUGAAUGGGGACCUGGCAGAGACGCCCGCCAAGACCCAGCAGGACGUUCUGAGGAGCGCCCAGUCCAGCCUCCGGUGCUUCACCAAACCCACCGAGUCCCUGGAGCGGUCCCUGGAGAUGAACAAGCACAAGGGCAAGAGGCGGGUGCAGAAGAGGCCCAACUACAAGAACGUGGGGGAGGACGAAGAGGAGGACAAGGCGCCCUCUGAGGACACGUCUGAGGAUGCAGAGAAGACAAAAGGUCCCGAGGGCCCCAAAGGCAGCAAGGCCACCGGGGAUAGCGAAGAGAUCGAGAUGGUGAUCAUGGAGCGCAGCGAGUUGGCCGAAGUGGCUGCGCAGGGCCAGAACACCACGGACGAGGAGAAGAGUGCAGCUGCCUCGGGCUCUGGCCCCAACGGAGCGUUGUGGAGGAGGCCCUUCCUGGACAUGGUGUACCAUGCGCUGGACAGCCCCGAUGACUACCACGCGCUCUUCGUGCUCUGCCUCCUCUACGCCAUGUCCCACAACAAAGGCCUGGGUCCCGAGAAACUGGAGCGUAUCCAGCUGCCAACGCCCGGUGCAGCUGACAACAGCUACAACCACCUGCUGGCAGAGCGGCUUAUCCGGAUCAUGAACAACGCAGCCCAGCAAGAUGGCAAGAUCCGCCUGGCCACGUUGGAGCUCAGCUGCCUCCUCCUGAAGCAGCAGGUGGCACCCGGCACUGGCUGCAUCAUCAAGGACGUGCACCUGGCCUGCCUGGAGGGCGCAAGAGAAGAGAGUGUGCACCUGGCCCGGCAUUUCUACAAGGGAGAGGAAAUUUUCCUGGACAUGUUUGAGGACGAGUACAGGAGCAUGACGAUGAAGCCCAUGAAUGUGGAAUAUCUCAUGAUGGAUGCGUCCAUCCUGCUACCCCCCACGGGCACCCCGCUGACGGGCAUUGACUUCGUGAAGCGGCUGCCGUGCGGAGAUGUGGAGAAGACGCGGCGGGCCAUCCGGGUGUUCUUCAUGCUCCGGUCCCUGUCGCUGCAGCUACGAGCCGAACCCGAGACCCAGUUGCCACUGACACGGGAAGAGGAUCUGAUUAAGACCGACGAUGUGCUGGACCUGAACAACAGCGACCUGAUCGCCUGCACGGUUGUCACCAAGGAUGGCUGCAUGGUGCAGCGCUUCCUGGCCGUGGACAUUUAUCAGAUGAGCCUGGUGGAGCCCGAUGUGUCCCGACUGGGCUGGGGCGUGGUCAAGUUUGCCGGCCUCCUGCAGGACAUGCAAGUGACGGGUGUGGAGGACGACAGCCGGGCCCUCAACAUCAUCAUCCAUAAGCCUGCCUCCAGCCCGCACUCCAGGCCCUUCCCCAUCCUGCAGGCCACCUUCAUCUUCCCCGACCACAUCCGCUGCAUCAUUGCCAAACAGCGCCUGGCCAAGGGCCGCAUCCAGGCACGCCGCAUGAAAAUGCAGCGGAUUGCAGCCCUCCUGGACCUCCCAAUCCAGCCAGCCACGGAAGUCAUGGGCUUCGGCAUCGGCUCCUCGACCACCUCACACCUGCCUUUCCGCUUCUAUGAUCAGGGUCGCCGAGGCAGCAGCGACCCCACAGUCCAGCGCUCGGUGUUCGCGUCCGUGGACAAGGUGCCAGGCUUCGCCGUGGCCCAGUGCAUGAACCAGCACAGCUCGUCCUCACUCUCCUCAGUGUCACCACCGUCUGCCAGCAGCAGCUCCAACAACAGCGGGGCCACCAGCCACUGCGACUCGGGCGGGGCCAGUGCCACGUCCACCCCAUCAGUCACCCAGAGCCCGUCAGGAGUGGCAGGAAAGGACGCCAGCGCGUUUUCAGCCUGUCCGAGGCCGACAGCCAUGGCGGCCACUGGGUUUAGCGCUUCGACCGCCAGCUGCCAGCGCACCUCUGCAGCCUCCUUGCAGGCAGAUGAAACUGCUCCAGACCAGCUCACAUCUCACCUCGCCGACCAGCUGCUGAUUGUCAACCAGGCAGGAACCGACGCCAGGCCCAGCCGGACACCGGCCCGGACCCCCGCGGCCGAGCCCACCCCACUGUCCCCCAGCCUCCUCCUCACUCAGCAGCCCACCAUCUCACUGCUCUGCCAGGACACCCCCAAUGCCCUGAGCGCUGAGUCACCUACCCUCGUCCCUCCCGUGGACCCCCAUCGUCUGCGUGACCUCACUGGGACUCCCCCACAGCCCCCCACAGCUGCCGCUCCCGACACGACCGAGGCUCCCCCAGAGGAGGAGGCUACAGGGGUACAGGAGCCCAAGGCCCCAGAGGAGGAGGCCACAGGGGUACAGGAGCCGGAGGCCCCUACAGAGCACUGAAUGGCUGAGAGUGUGGCAUUGGGCACUCUCGUGAGGGAGGAAGGGUCCACGUUGCUGACCCUGCCAGAGAUGCACCCAUGGGUGCCCACAGUUCUCAGACACCCCUACAUCUCUUCAUCACCACACCAGCUGCUGCUCUUGUUCUUGAGGAAUCCUGAGGCCUAGGUGGUGGGGCUCCCUCCCUUUGCCCUCCACAGUCUCCCAGGUCCUCUGUCACCUCCAGAGGACAUCCACAGGAUGCCGACAGGCCACUGGGAACUGUGAUCUGUGUGUGGAAAGGAACUUAGCUCUGCGUGUCUGCCCUAGGUACAUGUCUACCUUGGGGAGGGCACAGGACAUAAAAGAAACCUGUGGGGACAUAGAAGACGCCUAUGGAGAGAGUUCCCCAGCGCCGAGCUCAGGGGCGCCCCUGCUCUUCCUGGGCCUGUCCACGCUCUUCCUCCCUCUGACGGGAGCCCCUUCUGCCUCCGACCCCACCUGCCCUCUCCACUCACUUGCUGGGUCCCCUGUCCUGCCUGGUCCCCAUCCUGGUCUCUGCUCGCUCUGUCCCCUGCAGCCCUUCCAUGCCCUCAAACUAUUUUUUCAGACAUUUGAGAUGACUUUUGAAACCAGAGCAGAGAGGCUGUUCAUCCUGGAUUCUUCCCACACGGACUACUGGGUGGUCUUCACCCAUCUCCCUUUCAUUUGGUGCCUCCCUGCUUGUCCAAGACCCAGCGGAGACCACCUCCAGGGGGCGUGGCUGUGGCAGUGAA